CUGUCAGGCUUUCAGAGCGGAGCUGAUCGGGGAUGCACUAGAACACCCUCCGUUACCGGCCGUAUGACCGUAUGUUUUGGUUCUAAAGUUCCAAACCUCUCUCUUUCUCUGAGACUGCGGUGUGCUUUGAGACAACGUGACUGGUGAGGUUUUUUCUCCCCUGUUGGAUAUUGGGAUUUUAACUGGAGCUCACCGACAGCGAGACGAGAGCAGUGGCUGGAUAACAGAUAACGGAUAUUACCGGGGAAACAGAAGCACGCAGAUGGAAUACCACGGUUUGCGGAGUUUACGGGAGUGUUUACGGGAGUGAAGCUCUCCUAGCGGAUGGACUCUCCUCUCAACGGCUCUCUCCGGUUCAGUCAUGACUGACGGGGGGGAGAGAGAACCGGAGGAAGAGGAGGAGAGAGAACCGGAGGAAGAGGAGAAGGAAAGGGUGAGAGUCCCUUUACCGGGCCAGAGGUCUGAGGGUCAGGGACAGACAGGUGAGGAAGAGGAGGAGCUCCCGUACCCUUCUCUCUACCCUGUGGUUCUGUUUCGUCUCUCCCAGACCUCCCCACCUCGCUGCUGGUGCAUCAAGGCUGUCUGCCACCCGUGGUUUGAGCGUGUCUCCAUGCUGGCUAUUCUUCUGAACUGUGUGACGUUGGGAAUGUUCCAGCCCUGUGACGACGUUCACUGUCUCAACAACCGUUGCUCUUUCCUACAGGCUCUGGAUGACGGUAUCUUUGUGUUCUUUGCGGUGGAGAUGCUGGUGAAGAUGGUGGCUCUGGGUGUUCUAGGUAGGUGACCUUUUUAAAGUGGGAAUUUCAAAGUUUAGAAUAAAACAAUUAUGAAAAAUACCUACUCUGAAACCUCUCAUUCCUCCGACGGAGACGUUUCUAUAGUAGAACAGGCCUGAAUGUCCUCUCAUUCUCCAACAGAGACGUUUCUAUAGUAGAACAGGCCUGAAUGUCCUCUCAUUCUCCAACAGAGACGUUUCUAUAGUAGAACAGGCCUGAAUGUCCUCUCAUUCUCCAACAGAGACGUUUCUAUAGUAGAACAGGCCUGAAUGUCCUCUCAUUCUCCAACAGAGACGUUUCUAUAGUAGAACAGGCCUGAAUGCCCUCUCAUUCUUGUUCCUGCAUGUAUAGACGAUGUAAUGUAUCGUAGAUGAUAUCAG